AAUGCUUUUCUUGACCAUUUCUUGCAAGAAAUUCGAGAUAGUCGAUUACUUUUCUGUUGAAGUGCAUACUUCGCUUUACACCCGUUUGCCUCUAACGCCCUCAUAUCAAAGCCUUGAACAACUUAUAUCCAUUUUGUCAGCGAACUCUAGCCAUGGGAUUCGAUUAUUAUGCGAUUUUGGACAUCCCUCGGAGUGCAUCCGCCAUCGAAAUUCGCCUUGCAUAUCGCAAGUGGGCAGUCCGUUGCCAUCCCAAGAAUGACUUUCACGAUCCACCGGAAAUUCCCUUGCCAUCGAUAUCCAUCUCACACUACUGGGAACUGUUGCAUGAAGCCUUCGAUGUGCUUUCCGAUCCCUUACGAAAACGAAUCUACGAUGUGUACGGAGAGGAAGGAUUGAAAUCAGGUGUCGUAACUCCUACCGGAUUCGUAAAGCCCUAUGUAUUUUCAAACAACUGCAUGAAGAUCUACAAAGAUUUCUUCGCCACCUAUUCACCAUACGGGGAUCUAAUCGACGCUUUGACCAAUCCGCCUCCACUCUGCCAAAACGAUGCUAGCUUGGUUCGGUCGAAAGCUCCAGACAUUGAACAAUACAUCGACUUAGAGUUACCGGAGAUCUACCAUGGUGCCAUCAAAAAGAUGAAAAUAACGCGGGAAGAAUUCAUUGACGAGGCUCAGGUUCGAACGAAGAUCGUAGAGGAGACACUGACGGUUUCCAUCCCUGCUGGGACUCCCACUGGAACCAAAAUCCGUUUCGAAGGAGCUGGUAACUGUAGUCCGAAAACCUUUCCGUCGGAUAUUGUGUUCGAGGUUCGUGAAAGAACCCAUGAAAGGUACCGUAGAGAAGGGGCAGAUUUGCAGGUGGAGGUGCCAAUUUCCCUGAAAGACGCAAUAGUUGGAUUUCCACUGGAGCUGAUCGGAGUCGAUGGUAGACGGCUUGCGAUACAAAUCGUAGACGUUGUACGUCCAGGGUAUGUGAAAAGUUUGAAAGGGGAAGGACUACCGGUAGCUGACGGAGACGAGCCGCUGAAACGAGGCGAUUUACACUUAACGUUUUCAACAUCGUUUCCAGACUUUAUACCGAAAAAUCUACGGGACAAAUUUCGGGUAUUAUUCGAUGAACUUUAUCAAGAAACUAACAACAUUCAAUGAGUGCUGAAUUUAUUCACUAAAAAGGAACUAUACUAACAAAUUAUUGAAAUAAAACUCAAGCUCAUUUCGGAACAAAAUUAUAAACCACAAUUUCAACGUCUUUCUCAU